CCUUCGUCAGCAACAGCAACUCUCGCUUUCGAUCCGACAACAACAAAAUCCUCCCUCUGCUUCUUCAUCUUCUUCUCGCUUCGCUGGAACGAGACUCCGCGGCCCAUCGAACGCGACUCGAGCGCGGAAAUUAAAUUUAUAAAAAGUAUAUUUACCAGUGAAGUGGGAGUUUUUUUCUCUGAAUUGGAAGUCUCUAAACUUCUUUUCAUUUUCUUUCGCCGAAGAUAUCGUUGACGAAAACUGAAGUUAUAGUUAAGGAACCACGAUGACUUGCUUAACCAGGAAACUUGUAUUAGCCGCUCUCCUCGGCGUCUGCUUAGCGCAGCAACAAGCCUACUUGCCACCAACAAAUGGAUUUAAUGGUAAUGGUAAUGGUGUAAAUGGAAAUGGCAACGGAAAUGGAAAUGGCUAUACCAACGGCAGUGGCAAUGGCUAUGCAAAUGGAAAUGGUAAUGGCAAUGGUUACACCAACGGCAAUGGAAAUGGUAAUGGCAAUGGUUACACCAACGGCAAUGGCAAUGGAAAUGGCAAUGGUUACACCAACGGCAAUGGCAAUGGAAAUGGCAAUGGUUACACCAAUGGUAAUGGCAAUGGAAAUGGCAAUGGUUACACCAACGGCAAUGGCAAUGGAAAUGGCAAUGGUUACACCAACGGCAAUGGCAAUGGUAACGGUAAUGGUUAUACUAAUGGAAAUGGUUACACCAACGGUAACGGAAAUGGUAACGGUAAUGGCAAUGGAAAUGGUUAUACCAACGGAAAUGGUAACGGAAAUGGAUAUACCAAUGGCAAUGGAAAUGGUAAUGGAAAUGGUUACACCAAUGGAAAUGGCAAUGGAAAUGGUAAUGGAAAUGGGUACACCAAUGGAAAUGGCAAUGGAAAUGGUAAUGGAAAUGGGUACACCAAUGGAAAUGGCAAUGGAAUCAAUGGAAAUGGCCUUAAUGGACAAGUGGACCCCAUCACCGCCCUUGGGGAAGCCAUCGCUGGAGGUGGUGUUCCAGGAGUCGACUACCCAAUCCUGGCCUCCGUACCAGAAACUGGAUUCACCUGUGAGGGACAGAUUCCUGGAUACUACGCAGACACAGCACCUGAAGCAGGAUGUCAGGUGUUCCAUAUCUGCCAGGCAGAUGGCCGACUCGACUCCUUCCUGUGUCCCAACGGAACAAUCUUCAACCAGCAGUACUUCGUGUGUGACUGGUGGUACAACUUCGACUGCUCAACAGCCGCUCAGUUCUUUGGUCUGAACGCUGCCAUUGGACAAGUUAAUGGCAACGGCAAUGGAAAUGGCGCCACUAAUGGUAAUGGUAAUGGAUACACCAAUGGAAAUGGAAAUGGCAAUGGUAAUGGCAAUGGAUACACCAAUGGAAAUGGUGCUGUAAAUGGAAAUGGAAAUGGCUACACCAAUGGAAAUGGCUACACCAAUGGAAAUGGCGCUGCUAAUGGAAAUGGAAAUGGCUACACCAAUGGAAAUGGUGCUGUAAAUGGAAAUGGAAAUGGUGCUACUAAUGGAAAUGGAAAUGGCUACAAAAAUGGAAAUGGUGCUGUAAAUGGAAAUGGCUACACCAAUGGAAAUGGCGCUCUAAAUGGAAAUGGAAAUGGCUACACCAAUGGAAAUGGUGCUGUAAAUGGAAAUGGAAAUGGCUACAAAAAUGGAAAUGGUGCGGUAAAUGGAAAUGGAAAUGGCUACACCAAUGGAAAUGGCGCUGUAAAUGGAAAUGGAAAUGGCUACACCAAUGGAAAUGGUGCUGUAAAUGGAAAUGGAAAUGGCUACAAAAAUGGAAAUGGUGCUGUAAAUGGAAAUGGAAAUGGCUACACCAAUGGAAAUGGUGCUACUAAUGGAAAUGGAAAUGGCUACACCAAUGGAAAUGGUGCUGUAAAUGGAAAUGGCUACACCAAUGGAAAUGGCGCUGUAAAUGGAAAUGGAAAUGGCUACAAAAAUGGAAAUGGUGCUGUAAAUGGUAAUGGAAAUGGCUACACCAAUGGAAAUGGCGCUGUAAAUGGAAAUGGUUACACCAAUGGAAAUGGCGCUGUAAAUGGAAAUGGAAAUGGCUACACCAAUGGAAAUGGCGCUAUAAAUGGAAAUGGAAAUGGCGCUGUAAAUGGAAAUGGAAAUGGCUACACCAACGGUAAUGGAAAUGGAAAUGGCUACACCAAUGGCAACGGCAAUGGUAAUGGAAAUGGCUACACUAAUGGCAAUGGCAACGGAAAUGGCUACACCAAUGGCAAUGGUAAUGGUGCAGUCAACGGAAAUGGCAAUGGAAAUGGAAAUGGCUACACCAACGGUAAUGGAAAUGGCAAUGGGGCAGUAAACGGAAAUGGCUACACCAAUGGAGCAUCUAAUGGCAAUGGAAAUGGUAAUGGAAAUGGCAAUGGAAAUGGCACUAAUGGUUACUCUUACCCAACGCCAUCAUCACCCAGCGGCCUCUACCAGACACCCGUCGUAUGAAACCCGUUUUUGAUUAUGCAAUCUGUUGUCUAGAUUAUUUUUUUUAUUAUUUGCUUGAAUUCUGAUACUUUACUGUUGCCAUGAAUGAUCUGGUCUCCUUCUGCAGAUGUUACCUAAAUUUCAAGAUUCAUUUUUCACUUAAUUAGUAUGCAAUUCUUUUUUUAUUGUUUAGAGCAUUUCAGUUCCUCCUUUUAUUCAAAGGUGCAAAUUGGUUAGCUUCCCAAAACGCCAUACCUCCAUAUUCAUUUUCUCAGCGAACGAAGAUUGUCUGGUGAACUCUACUUUGUGUUUAUGGGACAUCUGCUAGUGAAAGUUGUGGUGCUGUUAUCUGUCUCAAAGAGCCAUUUCCAAAAUUAGCUUUCCCUUUCAGCCUGUUGGAAGGCCAUGAAGAUAUAUUCCAUUCCUGUCGUUCUCAAGAAAUUGGAGCAGCCACAGUAAAUUAUCAGACUACACACACAUAUAUAUAUAUAGUACCAUUACCUAGUGCAAUGCUUGUGCCAUAAGUCUUUCUUAUUUAACCAGUGAAAGAGUAUUUUUCUAUUAUAUAUGAAUAGUAUUUUUAUGUAUACAAAAUGCAAUAAAAAAAAAGCUCGAAGUAA